AUGACCACCCACACCACCACAACCACUCUAACCACCACGACCACUCCAGCCACUACGACCACUCCAACCACCACAACCACCCGCACCACAAUGACCAUUCCCACCACCACGACCACGCCCACCACCACAACCACAUCCACCACCACUACAACCCCUACCUCCACAAGCACUGCAGCCACAACGACCAUCCCGACAACCAUAACCACCACCACGACCCAACCCACCACCACAACAACCCAGACCACCACGACCACUCCAAGCACCAUGAGCUCCCUCACCACCACGACCACUGCAACCACCACAACCACCCCCACCACCACAACCACUCCAACCGUCACAACCACACCUACCACCACACACCACCACAACAACCACCACCAUCACGACCACCACUACCACCGUCCAUGCCAGAAUGGGGCCACGUGGGAUGGCAUCAAGUGCCUAUGUCCCGGCGGGUUCUACGGUGAAUUCUGUGAGAUCCCCAUCUGCCAGAAUGGUGGCACCUGGGCCAACGGCUUCUGUGAAUGCACCGAAAAUUUCCAGGGCGCUGAGUGCCAGUUCGCCAAGGAGAUCAUCGAGAUCAAAAACGUGACGGUGAAUGCGACGGUGGAGAUGAAGACGAAGAUCGAGAACAGGAACUUCACAGAAGAACUCAGUGAUAAGUCCUCUCCAGCGUUCAAGGAAUUCGAGAUAGAGUUCAAGGAGAAGAUGAGGGAGGUUUACAAGGACAUAGAGGGCUACCAAGACGUGGUGAUCCAUGAACUGACCCAGGGCAGCGUCGUGGUGAACUACACGGUCCUCCUGGAGGUGCCUGCCAGUAGCAUGGCCAACGAGACCGUGGAGACCACCUCCAAGAACCUCGUCAGCGCCGUCAGCAACUACACCGGCUGUAAUGACACCUGUCAAGGAAAUAACUGUCCUUUCUGUUUCAACUCUUCAUUCACCAAUGUCACCAACUAUGGGGUGGAAGAGGUUGAAACAA